AUGAAGGCAUGGCAGAAACAGAUCCGCGACAUUCGUAGCAAAACUGCAUUCAAAAUUAAAUUUCCCCUCACUUGCUGCGUAGGAUGUUUGUCACCUGUGCGAAUCCCGGAGAGCUCUUUAGGAACAUGGUGCAAACACCGACCUCUACAUUCAACCCCAAUCUCCGACACCGGAUAUCAUAGAGUCAUUGCGCCUGACUAUCGAGAUGCUGGUCAAUCUUCCAAACCUUUGGAGGGCUGCGAGAAAUCACAGAUGGCAGGGGGCUUUUACCUGUUGAUCUACUCCCACCUCGGCAUCAAGCAGAAAGUCCAUGUCGCAGGCCACGAUAUCGGCGGCAUGAUUGCCUACAGCUACGCAUCUCAUUAUGCAAAUGAAGUAGCAACGCUGAUUGCUGGUCACGAGAAGAUUUACAUGAAAAAUUUCUUCGACAAACAAUCGUACAACAGCAACGUAAUCACACCAGAAGAUUUGGGUCACUAUGUACUUGCCUACUCUCAAUCUGGAGCGAUGCGGGCUGCGUUUAAUGUGUACUGCGCAUGUAAGAAAGACAGGGAAGUGAAUCAAGCGUGGGCCACUAAAUACGGAAAGAGCAAGGUUUCAGCGCACGGGUUAGUGGGCAGACGCUUUCUGCUUGCCCUUCAUAUUGAAGAUAUGUUGAAGGCUAUGCACGAAGACUCGAAAGUCGUAACCAUAGAUGGGUCGGGACGCUAUGUUGCGGAAGUGAACAUAGGGACGUUCGUUGACGCAGUGUUUGAGUUCGUGGGCAAGCUUGAGGCAUGA